UAUGAACGAGAAGGGUGGGUAUGUGUGCGCCCCAGUCACGAGCAAGGGAAAGGGAAAUCAUUGUAAAUCUAUUCAGACCUUUAUGCAUCCUUUCCACACGAAAAGUGUGUAGCUCUUCUCUUACACAUCUCGCACAUCCUCUUUUCUGUUCUGAGACACGCGGUUUUUCCAGAGGUUAGUUCACCUGAGAGUUUCCAUUCACGGAGUUAACUUUACCCCUUCUUUGCUGUUCCUAGACUAAUCAGCACCAACAACUAGAGUUAGUUAUUAAAUAUCGGAUAACUUCGAGGACUGGAGAUUGGAAAUGAAGAGAGAUUUAACGUUUUUCUGUCGGAUUUGGAUUGUGUUCGCUUAUGCUUCAGGUCUGGUGAUUGGAUACUCUAUGACUCCGCCUAUUCUUGACAAGCCCAGAGACGACGUUGUGAUUCACGCCCAGGAAACACUGACUAUUACAUGCAGGGGGCAGCGUACGCUGACGUGGGCCUGGCCUGAGCACACUCUGGUGGGGCAGGAGCUGACGGACCGCCAGGCUCAGCUGGCGCCCACCGGGGCCCCCGGGCAGCGAGCCAUCUGGGUGAAGGAGUGCCGGGGGGAGCCCGGGAGACCGUACUGCAAGACCCUGGUCUUGAGCGGCGCCAGGGUCAAUGACACCGGCUACUUCCGCUGCUACUACCGGGACAUCAAGGCCAUCAUCGAUGGCACCACCGCGGUCAGUGUCUAUGUGUUCGUGAGCGACCCCCAGGAGCCCUUCAUCAGGAGAAGCGGCCUCUCCAACGACAACAACAACAACCUGGAGACCAUCUUCAUCACCGGGUCUUCCUCACAUAUAGUCGUUCCAUGUUUGGUCACCGCCCCCGAUCUCAACGUCACCCUGUAUCUGUGGCCAAACCCUAUGCCUCUGGAGGAAGAAGGGAUGAGUUGGGACAGCAAGCAGGGUUGGUUGGUACCCAGACUGGUGCUGGACGCCCGACCUUACCUCAUUGGGUUCUUCUGCCGAACCACUGUACUGAGAAAGGAACAUGAAUCCACUUACUACCUGGUCCACUCCACAGGAAGUCUGAUUUACGACGUCAAGCUAUUUCCAGAGUCCUCUGUGGAGUUGAUAGUGGGAGAGGCCCUCACCUUAAACUGCACGGCCUCGGUGGAGUUCAACACAGGCUUGAACUUCCAGUGGUCCUACCCUGGCAAACAGACAAACAGCUCUGUUAGCAUCCACCACCAAAGGACCUCCCUAGCCAGCUUCACAGAGGCAGUCAGCAUCCUGACCGUCCACAGUGUCAACAUCACCGACAUGGGCUCCUACACCUGCUCUGCCAUCAGCAUGGAGAAAACUCUGGACCUGGCAACCCAGGUCAUAGUUCACGAGAAGCCCUUCAUCAGCCUGGACUACAGGAACGGCCCCGUGGUGGAGGCCACCGCUGGGCAGAAGAGCCUGAGGCUGCUGGUGAAGGUGUCUGCCUACCCUACACCAGAGACCCUGUGGUAUAAAGACGGAAAAUUGAUAACCAGGCGUCCCGAGUUCAACAGGAUGAGGCAGCACCAGAAUCUGGAGAUCAGGGACGUUUGCCAGGAGGAUUCUGGGAACUACACGGUGGUCCUGAGGAGCAAGGCCUUGUCCCUGGAGAAGAGGCUCACCUACACCCUCAUCAUCAACGUCCCCCCACAGAUCCAUGAGAAGGAGGUGGCGGCCCCCUCCAACCCGUACCUGAGCGGCAGCACUCAGACGCUGACCUGCACCGCCCUAGGACGGCCCGCCCCCUCCAUCACCUGGCACUGGCGACCCUGGAGCCCCUGUGGCCUCAACAGUACCCGACGCAGCCUCCGUAGGGACAGGAAGGGGAGGAGCGGCCGGAUGGCUGACUGUCAGAACUGGCAGGACAUUGACCCCGAGAACUCUGGGAACACAUCGGAGAGCAUCUACACGUCCAUGGAGGUGGUGGACGGGAGACAGAAGGUUGUGAGCAGGCUACUCAUCCACAACGCCAGCAUCUCCGUCAUGUACAAGUGCUCGGCUGAGAACAAGGUCGGCCAGGACGAGCGGCUCAUCUACUUCUAUGUGACUACUGUCCCAGAGGGCUUCAGCGUCGAGCUGCGUCCGUCCGAGGAGCCCCUGGAGCAGGCGGCGGUGUCUCUGCGCUGCGGAGCCGACAACUACACCUACGAGCGGCUGCAGUGGUACCGCCUGGACCCCCAGACCCUGCAGGACGAGAGGGGCCGGCCCCUGGAGCUGGACUGCCGCAGCCUCCACCUGUACGCCGAGCGCCUGGACGGCCAGCUGUCCUUCCUGGAGGCCUCCAACAGCUGGCUGCUGGAGCUGGCCCUGGCCAGCCUGAGGCUGCAGGACGAGGGGCCCUACGUGUGCGAGGUGCAGAGCCGACGCGGCGGGGAGAAGCACUGCCUCAGCAAGUACAUCUCUGUCAGAGCUCUGGAGGCCCCCAGGUACAGACACAACCCCACCAACCAGACAGUGAAUGUGAGUGAGUCUCUGCUGAUGGAGUGUGAUGUGGAGGGCACACCCUCACCCCAACUCUCCUGGUUCAAAGACCACGAACCACUCCACCAAAUGUCUGGGGUCCAGCUGCAGAACUCUAACAGGACUCUGAGUAUCCAGCGAGUGAGGGAGGAGGAUGCCGGCCUCUACACCUGUACUGCCUGCAACCAGCGAGGCUGCGUCCAGUCCUCAGCCUCCAUCACAGUGAUUGGAUCCAGCGAGCGAGCCAGCGUGGAGAUGGUGAUCCUGAUGGGGACCGGGGUCAUCGCUGUCUUCUUCUGGGCUCUGCUCAUCCUCAUCUUCUGCAACGCCAAACGGGUUAACCCAGCAGACAUAAAGACAGGUUAUCUGUCCAUCAUCAUGGAUCCAGGGGAGGUUCCUCUUGAUGAGCAGUGUGAAUACCUGCCCUAUGACUCCUCCCAGUGGGAGGUCUCCAGAGACAGACUCCGUCUUGGUAAGGUUCUGGGUCAUGGUGCGUUUGGUAAGGUGAUUGAGGCAGCCAUAUUUGGAGUCAGCAAGAACAACAGUCUGGAUACCGUGGCAGUGAAGAUGCUGAAAGAGGGGGCUACAGCCAGCGAACACAAGGCGUUGAUGUCCGAGCUGAAGAUCCUCAUUCACAUUGGGAAUCACCUGAACGUGGUGAACCUGCUGGGGGCCUGCACCAAAGCUAACGGCCCUCUCAUGGUGAUCGUGGAGUACUGCAAAUACGGAAAUCUAUCCAAUUAUUUGCGUGCCAAGAGGGAGUUCUUCCUGCCGUACAGAGAUCGCUCCCCUAAGACGCAGAGCCAGGUGAGGCGUAUGAUAGAGGCAGGCCAAGUGGACCAGAGAGGCCGACGCCCACCGUCUCCAUCCUCCUCCUCUAUUGGAAGUCCACAAAAACAGUCGUCCAAGAAGUCCAAUCAGAAGAGCCGCCCUGUCGUGGAAAGACUGGAGGACCUGUGGAAGACUCCUCUGACUAUAGAGGAUCUCAUCUGCUAUAGUUUUCAGGUGGCACGUGGGAUGGAGUUCCUGGCCUCCAGAAAGUGUAUCCACAGAGACUUGGCAGCCCGGAACAUUCUGCUGUCAGAGAACAACGUGGUGAAGAUAUGUGAUUUCGGCCUGGCCAGGGACAUCUAUAAAGACCCAGACUACGUCAGGAAAGGCAACGCUCGCCUCCCUCUGAAGUGGAUGGCUCCAGAGAGCAUCUUUGACAAGCUGUACACCACCCAGAGUGACGUCUGGUCCUUUGGUGUGCUGCUCUGGGAGAUCUUCUCGCUGGGGGCGUCUCCGUACCCGGGCGUCCAGAUCGACGAGGACUUCUGCAAACGUCUGAAAGACGGAACCAGGAUGCGAUCACCCGAGACGGCCUCCCCUGAGAUAUAUGGGAUCAUGCUGGCCUGCUGGCAGGGCGAGCCCAGGGAGAGGCCUACCUUCCCUGCCUUGGUGGAGAUCCUGGGAGACCUGCUGCAGGACAACAGUCUACCAGAUGGAAAAGACUACAUCCCCCUGAAUCCCUCCCAGAGCUCCGAGGACGACGGCUUCUCCCAGGCGUCGUCACGACCGCCCUCUCAGGAGGAGCUGAGGCUGGCCUGCAGCACCCUGCCUGCCAGGUAUUACAACUGCGUGCCGCUGGCAGGCUGCGUGUUCCUGGGGCAGUCCAGGUCGUGUCAUCCCCGAGUCAAGACGUUUGAGGAGUUGCCCCUGGAGAUGAGCUCCCACAAAACGCAGCACCAGGACAACCAGACAGACAGCGGGAUGGUGCUGGCUUCAGAGGAAUUUGAAAGAAUCGAACACAAGCACAGGGGCGCCAUCUCCACAAGUCACCAGAGCAGCAGCAGUAUAGAGCUUCUGACAGGCUCCCAGGAUUCCCUGCAGCGGAGUGGUGUGGGGGGCGGAGCCAGCAGACAGCGCCCGGCCUUCCUCAGCCAGCUGUCAGGACAGACCUUCUACAACAACGAGUAUGGACAGCUCUCGGAGGAGGGGGGCGUGGCCAACUUCUUCUCUUCCCCGGACGCCACAUGCCCCGCUUCGUCCAACCUGUAGUCCAUGGCGACAGGAGGAGAGCGGGGGUACGCUGCCCUGGCGGUGAUCCAGCGAAGCUCGAAUCCACCCGAGCAUUAACAAGCCUCAGUCCGUUAACACCACUGAGAGCUUAUAAGAGGACUUGGGUUGGAUGUGAUCCGGUGUGUCAGUGGUUUGAUAGAACAAGAGCAUGUGGGUCUCCAGGGAGACGUUAGUGACCACCAAGCUAUACUCACAUCCAUCUGUGUGCUCCUCGCCCUCUCUCCGCUGCCCCAACCUGGACUGAGCCAUCUAUGCCUGUAGUUCUCCAACAAGCCACUGGGUGGCGCCAUUAUGUCAAAUUUGAACCCCAAGUAUUUUUAUAUCACCCAUAGUUACACUUUUUUUUAUAUCUUUAUCUAGAGUACAGAGUUAAAGCUUCUUUUGUGUAUUUGUACAAAAAAUGUCCCCUGUGGAAAGAAAUAUAGCAAUA